AAAAUAUAUUGUUACAUGAGUAGCUUGUGUGAGAGUACACCGUGCAUAACAGCAUCUCCAAAGUUAUAAAAAACAACUAUCAAUAGGCUACACAAUCUUCACAAGUCGUAUACAAGCAGGUAAACUAAAUCAGGGAGAUAAAAUAUAGGUUAGCUAAUGUUUUAAAUGUGAUGUAGCCUACUUUAUAGGUUUAGGGAUCGGUUUCGUUUACAUGCUUUUCAAUUCUGCUUGGUCGUAAUUGAUCGUUUUGGGGGUUUCACGGUGCGCAACGCAGCUGCAGUUCAUAUUCAAACACGCUCUCCUUUCGGUCACAACCUCACUGGAGGAGUUAAAUGACAGGCAAGUUUACCGUAGGUCAACUAUAUUAAAAAACAUACAUUGAAGAAACUUAACUUCAACGAUGAAGGGAUUUUUGUUACUUUGCACACUCGCCUUUGUCUCAGGGUUGUUGCCUGAGGGCAGCACAGUGUCCGUACCGUCUGGAAGCCUUUCCCCCGCCUUUGGAUUUGAUACCAAACCUACCCCCUCCAACACAACCACCCCCAAACCAACAACCCCCUCCACUACCCCCUCCAACACAACCACCCCCAAACCAACAACCCCCUCUACUACCCCCUCCAACACAACCACCCUCAAACCAACAACCCCCUCUACUACCCCCUCCAACACAACCACCCUCAAACCAACAACCAAACCAACAACUACCCCCAAACCAACAACCCCCUCUACUACCCCCUCCAACACAACCACCCCCAAACCAACAACACCUUCUACUACCCCCUCCAACACAACCACCCCCAAACCAACAACCCCCUCUACUACUACCCUCAAAACAACAACCCUCCCUCCCACAACAGAACCUAAGCCCACCAAGCAUGCCAACCUGACCGUGGGCAGCUACACCGUGCCAGAGGGGAAAGGUUUGUGUCUGCGGGCACAGAUGGCACUGGAAUUACGACUGGUAACUGACAAGGCAAAUGGGACAUUCAUUGUUCAACCGAGCAUGACAAAAGCUACCGGACAAUGUGAAACUUCUACAGCCGAACUGACCCUCACUUUCACCGAAGGAUUCAUCACCUUAUUGUUCAACAAGAGCGCGGCUGACAAAAUGGUCUAUGUUGAUGCUAUUUCUUUUAAACUGUCCUACCCCUUCACAUCUGGAGGUAACCAAGAGUUCCAACAACAGAACAAAUCCCUACACCUCUUUGCCGCGGCAACAGGCUAUUCAUACUCCUGCAAGAGUGAUUCCCUGUACAUGGGGAAUGGACUGUACCUGGACGUUACUCAGGACCAAAUGCAGGCCUUCAACCUCGUCAACAACCAGGACUUUGGCAAGCCUCAGCCCUGCCCUGCCGACAAACCCGACUAUCGCGUAGCCAUCGCCGUGGGCGUGGUCCUGCUGGUGCUCAUUGUCAUCGUGUUGAUCGCCUACCUGCUGGGCCGGAGGAAGAGGACAAGUGGCUACCAGUCACUCUGAAGAGGUCACAGAGGUUUAUCCUUGGGGGUUAAAGGGCGUUUCCGUUCCCCAUCAAUUUCCAGCUUGUUUGCCACCAUCUGACUCAAGUUGUUGCUAUUUGCACUGUACUAACCCCAUCCUGUGUCUUACAUAUCCACUAACCAGAAGUAGGGCUCCAGGGAACUUCUCGUGUUGGUGAUGAGUUUAUUUGUUGAUUCAGCGCCAAGGCUUGGCUUGCUUUAUCAUCAUUUGAUUGGGUUGAAAUGAAACUGACAGCAUAGAUGUCAACUACAUUCUUGUAUUACUUCUAGAUCAGAUGCACAACGUUCUGAAAGAUCAGCAACAUUAAGGGAAGCAUCGACAAUGGCCAUGCCACCUCAGUCACAGUCUCUCCGCUAAGUGAUUUGUGUUACUAACCUUUCCUAUCAGUCAUGUCUGCUUACUUGUGUUUCUAAUAUCCAUACGGAUGCCCUUUCCCCCUAUGAGGACUGUGGUCACUGGUCUCUCUUUAAACAAUUCAUACAGGGUUGGAGCUUAAACGUGCUGUGAACUCUUGAGAACUGAGAAGUCGUUGAUAUGAGAUUGGGGACAUUUUAUUAAUAGGUAAUUGUGAUUUAUAGAUUCAUGUUUAACUAUAUCAACCCAGGAAAUCAAAGGGAUUUUUUAAAUACUAUUAAUGCUUAAAUGGUUUUGACAGCAAUGUGUUUAGUCUUGAAAAUAAGUUGCAUUAAUAAGGGAAUAGGCCUGGCUUGGAAUGUGACUGGUCAAACCUGCAGAAUAUAUUUUUGUGAUUAUGGUGGUGUUAUGAUUCUCGUAUUUCUGUCACUUCGAAGGUGAAGCUACAGUAUGUUUACAAACACUGUUUUAUGCAGCAUUUGGAUCGUUAAGGUUGACAUAAAAUCUAAAUAAACAUACAUGAAGUCUGAUUAUUUCUGAA